AUGUCGAAACCGGACGAGGCAGACGAUCUGUAUGCAGAUUUGUACGGCGAGGAGGCGCAGACUACUGUAGUGCCUGCGCCGGCCGCACAGCCAGAGACAGUUUCUGAUCCACGUGCGCAGCCGGCGCGCCAGGCGGCGGGCCCCGAAGCGGACUCCGCUGCAGGCGGCUCGUUCAUCCCUGGGAUGCCCUCUGCUGCGCCUCCUAGUUCAGAUACGUCCCUUUUGCUGGACAAUGCCGAUGCACGUAGUGCUGCGGCGGCACGUGGCGAGCAUGUCGCGCCGCAGGAUUUGCCGGACGAGGGAAAAAUGUUUGUCGGUGGCCUGAAUUGGGACACUACGGAGGAGGGUUUGCGCAAGUACUUUGGCCAGUUUGGGCCGGUCAGCUCGUGCACAGUGAUGCGCGACGGCGCUUCUGGUCGCUCGCGUGGCUUUGCGUUUGUUACGUUCGCCGAUCCAAAGUCGGUGAAUGCAGUCAUGGUGCGCGAGCACUACUUGGACGGCAAGAUCAUCGAUCCCAAGCGCGCCAUUCCACGCCCGGAGCAGUCAAAGACACAAAAGUGCUUCGUCGGCGGCCUGCCGCAGACGGUCACGCAAGAUUCGUUCCGCAAGCUGUUCCAGCAGUUUGGUCAUGUGCUGGACAGUACUGUCAUGAUGGACAAGGAUACCGGGCGUCCGCGUGGAUUCGGGUUCGUCACUUUUGAGGACGACGAAGGCGUAGAAAAAACAUUGGCUACGCAGCCAUUGCUUCUCGACGGCAAGCCAAUCGAGGUCAAGCGCGCCCAGUCGAGGGGCCAAGCGCCGACGGCCGCGCCGGCUGGUCGCUUCAGUUCGUGCACCAACGAUACGGCCAAGAGUGGUGCCCAAGCGCCGUUGCGUAUGUGGGGCGCUGGUGCGGAUGCUGGUGCUAAGGGCGGCAUGCCCGCCGCCCAAGGCGCAUUCGACCCGCAGGCUAUGGCUAAGAUGUACCAACAGAUGGGCUGGGGCAGCUCUGCGUGGAAUCCACAGAUGAUGUGGCAGCAAAUGAUGUCCGCAUACAUGGGCGGCGGCGCGGCCAAGAGCGGCUGGAAUGCCGGCGCGCAGGGUGCAAGCAAUCCAGCAGCUGCGUAUAUGCGCGCUGCUUACAGCGGCGCAGGUGCUGGCGGUAAUGCUGGCGCUGGCGCGAAUCCGCCGCGUGGCGGUGCCGAUGCACAGACGGGAUGGGGCGGUCGUGGACAGGACGAGUCUCGCGGACGGCAAGGUGGGAGCGGUAGUGGACACCAACGCGAGCACUCGCCUGUACGCGGGAGCCGCAACUAUGAUGAGCGUAAUCGUUUCUAG